UGAGUAGACAGACGACAGUGAGGAGUCAGUCAGUUGUUGUGUGCAGUGCGAGACGACGGAGGUGCGUGGCUGCCCCAGGGACACUUCGUCUUGACUCAGGCCACCGUCGUCGCUCUCUCCUUCCUCCUCCUCCACCUCCUCCUCCUCCUCCUCCUCCUAACUCCCAACCAUCGAUCGACUCCAGCAACAACAACAACAUCACGCUCGGGGGCUUAAUUCUCGCAGUCGCCGCUAGAUGGUGCCUAAUCCUUCGCUCCCGACUGUCACACCACUCCUCCGCCGCCUCCUUCUUCAGUAGCCGAACAGACUUGACAACAGUUACGGGCCGCACGCCCUCUCCCGCCGACCGCCUCCACACAUGUCCCUCUUAACGUGGUGGCGGUAAAAUGGCAUCAGCAGCACUGAAUGCAGGGCUGCUGGAGGCUUUAGUGGUGUCUCGUGGUGCUACGUCUCAGAACUCUGGGGAUUCUACCAAUCACCCAGGAUCUCCCAACAGCACAGGUGAAGAACCUACUCCAAACCAUCACUCCUACCUUCACGCCCACUUCCAGGGCGUGACUUCUCAUUUCAGCAGCGAAGUUGAUGCGCACGACGUCUCCACCUCAGGAGGAGACGUCACAACAGAAGACGACGAGGGAAGUCUUAACGAUCCAAUAUCCAACUACUACAGAUCAUUAGGAGAGGAACAGCAGCUUUUGGCGUCAGCUAAGAAGAGGCGCAAGCAGAGUAAACCUGUUCGCCUUCCUACACCCCAAGGAGAACCAGGUGUCACACAGGAAACUGCUGCUAGUAAACAAGAGGAAGCACAGUUUGACUCUGAAAUGUCAAAUCCAUCGGCAGAAGGUGAUGACAAUAUUACUUGCCAACACUGCAACUUAGAGGUCCCUACUGAAGACAGUCUCAGGCGUCACAUCAUAGAAGAGCACAUUGGGCAAUUAUUGAGUGAUGACGUGACUCGUCAACAUCAACAACAGCGUCACCAACAGCACGUGAAGCAUGAAUUGGAGCCAGGUGAACAAAGAAUUCGAGAGAGUGAGGGCACUCCUCUAAAUCUUUCUAGUCCUAAGUGGGAUGAUCGCCCAUCUUCUAGGCAUCAUGGAGGAUUUAGUCCACCUACUAGUGUACCCAUGCCCCCUUCAUUUAAUGAUGUAAAGCUCAGUUUGCCUAAUCUUCUACCAUUAGGACCCCCUCCAUUUUUAUUACCUUUUAUACACCCAGAACAUGAGCGGUAUCAUGGUAUUCCCCAUUCACAGCAGACUUCCUCUCCCUCUUCUUCUAGUGGCCAACAAAAUCGAAUAUUUAACCAAGAAGCAUACUGUGAAUUGUGCCAUAAAGAAUUCUGUAACAAAUAUUUCCUGAAAACUCAUAAAGCAAAUAAACAUGGAAUAUACUCCCCUGAAGUUAGCAGCUCUCCUACAGGCAUUCCCUCUGGGCAUUCUACUCCUCUUGGUCCUACAGUUCCCUUAACUUCACCACUAGGUCCAAGCAUUAGUGCAGGAAGUAUACCUGGGUCACCAUAUGCUGGUGCUUUCAUAACAGCUAAUAUGAACACCCUCCCACUUCGUCCUUUAUUGCCAACACAACAUAGUGCUAACAAAAUGAUGUCAGCAAACAAAGAUUCUAGUGCUAGUAACAAAACAGGGGGUGUUAUUAACUUGGAAGCAUACUGUGAAUUGUGUCAAAAAGAAUUCUGUAAUAAAUACUUCCUGAAACGUCACAAGGCAAAGAUCCAUGGUAUUAGCAUUGAUGUAGUUAUUAAGCCAAAAAAUCAUGGUCAGAUUCCUCCCAGAGUAGCUCCAGAUCGUCCAGAAGGGUGGUGUGAUGCUUGCCGCAGAGACAUUGGUGGUCGUGUCGCUCUCAAUGCCCAUAAACUACAAGCACAUGGCCCUCAUAUUGUUGCGCCCCUGCCUUCGCCUCACAAUACAUCUCCUCAAACACCAAGGAACCCAAGGACUCCAACACCAAAAGAGUCACGCAAAGACUUUCCAGAUCACAGGGAAUUACGAGACUAUUUCAGCCCUUGGGAUGCAAUCAAAGACCCUCGUGAAGUAAGCAGAGAAUCCUGGGAUGGUGAAGUUCCAAGAGACAUCAGAGAAUCAAAAGAUGGUCCUGUUCGAAGUCCCUGGGAUAGGCCUUUGGGCUCACCUUGGGAUGGGGUUCGAGAAAUACCAAGAAAUGAUCCCCACAGGGAGUCAGCAAAGGAAAACUCUUCAGAUCUAGUGAAUAACCAGGACUUCCAUAGGAAUGAGCCAUGGAAUAAUGAAGAUAAUCAUAGAGGUGACCAUCAUGAUAAGCACAGUGGCAGAGGUAGAUUACCUUCAAUUGGCAAUGUUUCAGAUACAAAUGAAUUUCCACUAGAUAAAAACGACAUUCAGGCAAUAAGAGAACAACAUCAUCGGGACUGGGAAAUGCGACAGAAAGCUUUGGAACAUCAAAGAGAAAGGGAACGUCAAUUUAUCAGACUUGAACAAGAUCGUGAAUUGCAAGCUCGAGAACGAGAACGAGAACGAGAACAGCAGCAAAGAGAAGACCAACAAAGGGAACAAGCACAUUUGCAAUGGGAAAGAGAAAGAGAAAGGGAGUUAAUGAUGUUGAGAGAACAGCAAUUAGAAAUGGGAAGGCAUGAGAGAGAACGUGAAAAUCAGUCAGAUAUCAAACACUUGCACCAAAUAGAAAUUAAGCAGGAGAAUCAAGAGGUUGAUAGUGUGCAACAUAACAGUGACAAACAGAAUGAAGAAAAGGUAACUCAUGAAAAAAAUAAUUUUGAAACUGAUAGAAUUUCCACAGAACAAAACUCCUUAGAAGAAGGACAAGUAACUACAACUAACAAAGAAACUACUAAUCUUGAGAAAUCACCAGAAAAUAGAGGACCAGUUGAAGAUCAGGAUAAGUUUCUGGAGCGAGAUGAAAGAAGUACUGAAGGAGAAGGUAGUAGGCACAAAGAUAGCAGAAAUGAAGGCUGUGAUGUUAGAUCUGUAGGGCAAGAAGGAAGUAGCUAUGAAAGCCGUGAAGAACCAAUGGAUGGUCGUGAAAUAAACAGGGAUCCUAGUAGGGAAGGACACAGAACUCCUGGAAGUAGUAGUGCUGAUGAUAACUCUAGAGAUACAGGAAUUAUUGCAAGAGUAGGGCAGCCAGCAAUGGUUCAAGCCCCACCUGGUACUAAAUUUACUCCUGAGCAGCUUAGACAGUUAGGCGUUAUAAACCCUGAUGCCUUCUGUGAACUUUGCUGCAAAGAGUUUUGCAACAAGUAUUUUCUUCGCACUCAUCGUAUUAAAAAACAUGGUAUAUACACACCAGAAUUUUCAGACAGGUCCAAGGCUCAACAUAAAGAUAAUUCUCAUCUUAAUUUAGCUCGUCUACUAGAACGUCAAGCUUUUGAUUUACGCCCUGCCCUCCCAGAUAUUGAAGGUGAUCUUGAGUGUGAACUUUGUCGUAGACCUUUCCCUAGCCCAUAUCUUUUACAGAUGCACAAGUACUAUUUCCAUGGUCCUGGACAAGAAGCAGUACAGCAUGAGCAACUUGCUCUUCAUCCACAACCAUCUCCACAUGAACAACUCCGCCAGUUAGCAUUACACGCCCAACAACAAGCAAGACAGCAACAUCAUCAACAACAACAGCAUAAAGCUAAAGUACAAGAGCACCAAAGACGUUUACAAGAACAUCAUGAUAAAUUUCAGUAUCAGAGAGAAGAAGAUAAAGACCAAUUGCAGUUUGACCAUGAGAAAAGAAUGAGUGAAAGUACCUCAGAAGAAGGAGAGAUAGAAAGACCAGAAGAAUUACCUCGUCCAUCUGUUAUUGAAUCAGCAGGAUCUGGUGAAUCUGAUGCUAGUGAAGACUUAAGGAAGUUACAGUCCAUGAUACUUCAACUAAAUCGUCAAGGAGAGAUGAGCCUGAGGUGUAGACUUUGUAACAAAGAUGUUGGAAAUAAAUACUUUUUGAGAGCUCACAUGAUGACAGAACAUGGCAUUCUUGGGAAUGAAGAUGUUUCUGUAUCUACUCCAGCAAGUGAAGGAGCGCAAACUCCCAAAACCCCAUGUGAACCUAAUCCCAAAUCAUCUUCCCCUACUACACCUUCUGGGGAAAACCAGGCCUUUUGUAAUCUCUGUAAGAAGGAUUUCUUCUCUCGUUAUAUUCUACAACAACACAUGCUAAGUACUCAUGGAGUGUUUACACCUCCUGCUCCUCCUGCAUCCUUCAUGGAAAGAAUACGAGCAGAAGUAGAAAGUCGAGAAGACAGAAAACCCCAAUCUACUUCACGCUCAUAUUGUGAAAUAUGUAAUAAGGAACUCUGCAAUAAGUACUUUAUGAAAACGCACAUGUUAAAAAUGCACGGAAUCAACUUAGAAAAUGGAGUAUCUGGUGGGGUAACAUGUGAUCUAUGCAACAAAGAGCUUUGCAGCAAAUAUUUCUUGCGAGUUCAUAAGCAAAACACUCAUGGCUUAGUAGAAGAAGGUAGAGAAGAAGGAGAGGGAAUUGACAGGUCAGAGAUAGAAUCAUGUCCUCUUUGUCCUCGUUUAUUUAAGAAUCGAAAAUGGCUAAAGACUCAUUUAACUAGCGAUCAUGAUGAUAUAGGAAAGGAAAAAUGGCGCGAAAUAGAAGCCACUAUGGUACCUCGAGAGCCUAUCCAAAAACGUGGUCCAUCCUGCAGUAUUUGUGGCCAGUGUUUGCCUGAUUUAGUUUCUCUCCAACUUCAUGUUAUAAAGAGCCAUGGCACACAUGAAAGUAUUAUGGAAUCUGCGCAACGCACAGCAGCAGCAUCAGAGGAGGCUAAAGCACAUCCUUUACAGUGCUCGUUAUGUCCAUUCACAACUUCUACACCAGCACUUUUGGUUGCUCAUGCACAUACACAUGCUCAAGGUAUGCCAUCCCUUCCCGGAGUAUUAGGACAGACCAUCCCAUGUCCAUUAUGCUCUCAAGUAUUACCAAACUUUGAAGCUUAUCAGCACCAUUUAUUACAGCAUCAACUUCAAGGUCUUUUAAAGCCUCUGUUUGAAAAAGAAACAUUAUCAUCAGAGUCAAACACACAGGGACCAUAUGAACCUUCAAUGAACAAGGGUGAGUUUGUAGAAGUGCAGACCAAACCAAGAAGACAUAAAAAGAGGUGGCGUUGCUCACAGUGUGGAAGAAAAUUCAAGUCAAGAGUAUUGUGCCUAACCCAUGUGCAUGCCACUCACAACCCAAGGGCACGAGGAACAUGGUUAGGUCGACCAGCUGUUCAACGCAGGCUAUAUAAAUGCAGAAAAUGUGGUGCGGUUGCGAGACGGCUCACCGCACUUAGGCAGCAUAUAAGAGAGCAACAUCGCACAGGACCUAGUGUUCCAACUAGUCAUGCUACUCCAACUAAGCCAAAAACUGCUGGACGGUUUGUAAUGCAACCUUUUUUGUUAAAUAAUGAAAGUGGUGAAGAUGGUGAUGGUGAAGAAGGAAGAAAUGAAAAGCAUACUCUUUCUGAAUGUCAGUUUGUACCAUCACUGGUAUAUCUUCCUGUAGCACGCCGUGUUCAGCAUCCUCUAACUGUCUCCUUUAGCCUCACUCCAGCGUGAGCUUUGCGUCUACUGGCGCACCAUAACUCAGGGUCUUGCUCUUCUACAAAGUACAAUCACGGGCUGGGCUCAGCUUGAGUUCUACACAGCUUGAGGUGCUGCCCUGUGGACUGCAGUGCCUCGCUGACUAACACACCAUACAGGUGCUACACGUUCGCAUCUGUAGGAGAAGCUAUUCCUUCUGCAGUACGGAUGAGAUGAUAUGAAGUGGUUACUGUCCAGCGUGGCCUGCUGUUCACCCCGUAAUUUCCUCUAUAUCACUGUACCUCAGUACCAAUCAAAACCGGGAAACUUCCCAUUACCUAUUUCAAGAGUAGUAUCUUGAUUCUGAUGGUGGGUGGCCUGGGUUGUGAGGGCACAGGAUGGGUGGGGGCGUUGGUUGCGUCCAACACUUUGCUAUAUCAGGUGGACCCCACUGGUUUUGUAAAUAAAUGAUAAAAGAUCUGAAUGCAUUCACAAAUGUGUAUUUUCCAUUGUAUAUCUCCCCAAUAUUUUUUUUCCACAAAAACACACAUGAUAACUUCAGCUUCCUUUGUAUCCUUUGCAAUCUAUCAAAUGCAAGUAUUCAUCUAAUUUUUUUCUGCCCUUGAAAAUGAAUUGUGCAGAGAACAGAGGGUGUGUUUCAGAUUAAAUAUGGUUCUGUACCAUUUGCACUUACUGCCGAAGAGUAGCUAUGGUAAAGAAAGGUCUGAGGCCAAAGUUUUAUCAAACAAAAUCAGGGGCUUCUUCCCCUCAAGCUACAAGCACACCCUUCCUUAUUAACAAGAUAGAUCAGUCACUUAUAUAUCAGCUGAUAUUUUUAAACAAUUAAUAAAGCAUGCCAACGGAAUAUGUGGGUGUCCAGCCAGCUGAAGGGGCCUUCCCCUACCCUGCCCUGUGCCCGACCGUCAGGGAUAAACGAUAACUCUUCUUUCAUAUUAUUAUUACAAUUAUUAUAACUAUUAUUAUUAUCUAUAUGUAUAUCUUCAACUAAGGUUUAGUAUUGUAUACAGGUCAUUUGGAUGUGUGUUAAUAUUAGUUUAAUUAUAUAACAAAUAUAGGAUGGACGUUCUUAUUUAUGGAGUACUUAUUUGAGUCUAGAUGAUGACGAUGAUGAUUGAUGCUGAUAAUGCUAAUGAUGAUGAUCAUGAUGAUGGUGGUGAUGGUUGUCUUUGCAAGUCUGACCGUUCGCAAGGUGGCUUUGCUGAUACUUAGUUAAGAGGACUCCAUUUGUGUGGUUUUUAAAGGUUUGUGAAUUGUGAGUGUACUGUCCACCUGGCGUAGACACCGACUUCGCAGAGACAACCAGAAACGUGUAUUGUACAGUGUAGUGUAGCUCGUAGCCUUUAGUAGCAUAGAUAAAGGUCCUCGUUGUUUCAAACUGUGUUGAUUCUGGCGAGGCUGCUGCUGCUGACGCCUCUCUGACAGUUUGCGUUCAUUCCAGAGGCCAAUGUGGAUGUGCAGUAUUGUGUACGGGGGGAGAAAAAGGCGCGCAAAGUUGAUUUUGUGUACGGGGGGGAGGAAAAGGCGCGCAAAGUUGAUUCAUUGUCAGUGAACGAGUGCCAUUGUGAUUGUGGAGAACAUCCAGCUAACUCACUACAAUUUUCUGGACUUUUCAGGAGAUGAGUGACUUAACAAGAAGUGAGAUUUUCCAACAUCACAGAUCUCUGGCAAAAUGUUUUCAGUUAUGAUAAAAACCUUCAUCUAUUCAAUUUGUUAUUCUGAGUGACUAACGUUAAAAAGACUUUGAACAGUGCUAUAUGCUUAUAUCGAGUGGUGCACACCCUUGCUGUCCCUCAUAAGAACAGAAAAUAUAGUUUCAGCAAUAUCAUAUAAAAUUGUUUAUUAUUUCAUUCAUUUAAUUAAAUAGCUAACAUAUUUGCACGGUUUUUAUUUUUUCUAUUUACUUGCUUGUUUACUUCUUUUAGCAGCCUUGUAAGUACAUCAUCUCCACUCGAUUUUUUAUACGGGCAAGAGCCCGUGCCAGCACUUGGCUGGCUCAAUUUAACAAUAAAUUAGUUUCGUCAAAUAAUACGAAUGUCCAAUGGUACUCGCUCGCAACACAACGCCGUUCAUAAGCAAUGAAAAAAAAGACAUAAAAAAAGACAUAAAUGGCUAGUUCUAGUUCCAGAUAUUCUGGAAUGUAUGUCGUACCGCGAUGCCCUUUUUCCCCUCGAAGAAAAAUCUGUGUUAAUCCAUGUCAACUGUCUGCGUGAAAGGAGAUACCAACGAGGCCAUGAUGGUCAGUAUACCAAUUCAUGGGUGAAUCCAGAAGUACCCAAUCUCUGUGUAUAUACGGUGUUACUGUAUACCAUACUGUUACCUAUGCUGUGUAUAUCGACAGGCUCUGCUGAAACUCUUCUGAAGUUGCUUCUUUUUUUCUGACUCCAGAGCAAUGUCCUUCGGUUCGAUUUUUCCUCUAGCUACUGCGGUCCAUAGAGCAGCGAUCCGUCAUGAUGAAUAUGAGAGAUGCUUUAUUGUCCAACCGAACAAUGUUAGUUUUCCUCCUGCAGUGUAAAUGCAAUGGCGCUUUGUACAGUCAAUGUGAUUAUUUUUUCUUUUUUGCUCAAAUCUGUGAGUGGAUUAUAUGAAAUGCAACUAAUAUAUUCUGGUCAUUCCAAGUCAAAAUUGUUAGUAUCCUCAGUAGGCUGUUUCCAAGGUCAGUGAAUAUGUAAGAUUUGUGUUGAUAGGUCCGUUCCAACCUGAGUUACGUCCCGACGACGGUGAUUGGUCAGAAUUAACAAGUGGGGGACGGGCCGCCCCAUUGGCCCAGUCGCCCUCGAAGAGAAACUUAUUUUGUGAAUGAAAAAUUCGAAUCCUGUCGAGGUUACGUCCUCAGGUUGAAACAAUUGUUUACAAAUUUUGUUAUGUAUAUUACAAUUAUUUUUUAAUACUAACUCGGGUUCUGGAUACUCUCUUCUUUUUUAACCUCUGUAUUUAUUAUUAUUUUUUUUAGUCAACCUGAAUUCAUUUUUUAUAUGGAGUUAGGAAUUAGAUGAACAAUUAUCAAGGAUCUGUCAUUGUUUCCAUUCUUGGAAACUGACGAUCAUAAACUUGUAUCUUUAGAAGUGUGCCAUAGAUAUUUCAUCGACCUGCCAUGCUCGUUAUUGUCUUUUUUUUUAUUAAUCAUUUUAAUUGUUUAUUUUCUAGUCAUACUAGCAAAGCAGAAAUCAUUUACAUGGGUGUCAACCUAAUGAGAAAACAAUAGCAUUACCAAUUUGUACCAAAUUUCCCAUCUAUAUAUAUGUAUAAUUUUUUUUUCAUUUACAUUUUGUUCUUCCUUAAGAUGACUGGAGAGUGUCAGGACGUUUUAGAAAAAUACUGAUUAAAUUAAUAAUUGUCUAGUCAAAGUCGAUCACGUUGAAUAUUGUCACGUUAAACAAUGAACGAAAAAAAAUUGUUUG